CAUACAGUUGUUACGAUAGCUUUACUUUCAUAUUCCCCGUUAUACGCACAAAAUACGAAUGUAUUUAUUCUUUUUUAAUAAUAAUCGACCCCCCACCCCCUCUUUCCCUCUAUAUAACCACUACUCUCAUUUCAUAGUUCUAACCAAAAAAGGCAAGCUUCCCUUACGCAAUCACAUACACUUCCUUUUUCUCUAUAUCCACUUAUCUUCCCUUUCUUUUGUUAUUGUGUUUUUUUUUUUUCUUUUCCUCCAUGGGAACACAGAUAGAUAGCUUAUGGGUUAUAGCUCUUUUUUCCAAAUGCAGAGCUAUAUCUUCACAAAACACUGCUUUUCUUCUUUUCUUCCUUUGCAUGGCUUCGUUAGCCAUGGCUUUAUGUUACUGGGCUCACCCUGGAGGCCAUGCUUGGGGUAAGUACUUCUUCAAGAGGGGAUGUAAAUCCAAGUCAAUACCUGGUCCUCGAGGGAUUCCAAUUCUUGGCAGCAUGAGUCUCAUGACUAACUUAGCCCAUCACAAGAUUGCAGCUAUGGCUAACCUGUUUAAAGCAAAAAGACUUAUGGCUUUUAGCCUUGGAGAGACUAGGGUCAUUGUGACAUGCAAUCCUGAUGUAGCUAAAGAAAUUUUAAACAGUUCUGUCUUUGCAGAUCGUCCUGUUAAAGAAUCUGCGUAUGGACUCAUGUUUAAUAGAGCAAUUGGAUUCGCUCCUUAUGGUGUUUAUUGGCGAACCCUAAGGAGAAUUGCUGCUACACAUCUUUUUUGUCCAAAACAAAUCAGUUCUACAGAAGCACAGAGGUCAGAUAUUGGUUCUCAAAUGGUGUCGCGCAUUGCAUGUCACAAAGGAGAGUUACGAGUCCGCGAUAUACUAAAAAGAGCUUCACUUAACAACAUGAUGUGCUCAGUGUUUGGGCGUAGAUACGAACUGAGUUCAUCGAAUAACGAAACGGAAGAACUGAGAGGACUUGUUGAGGAAGGUUAUGAGCUACUAGGGAAACUUAACUGGUCCGAUCAUCUUCCUUGGAUAGCAAAUUUAGACCUUCAAAAGAUCCGGUUCAGGUGCUGUAAUCUAGUUCCUAAAGUGAACCAUUUUGUCAACCGGAUUAUUCAAGAACACAGAACUCAGUUGAAGGGCCAAAGAAAUGAUUUCGUUGACGUUUUACUUUCCCUUCAAGGGCCUGACAAGCUAUCAGAUCAGGAUAUGGUUGCUGUUCUUUGGGAGAUGAUUUUUAGAGGAACUGAUACUGUAGCAGUUUUGAUAGAGUGGAUACUGGCAAGAAUGGUACUCCAUCCCGAUAUCCAAUCAAAAGUGCAUCGCGAACUUGACAAAGUCGUGGGAAGAUCACGGCCUUUGAUGGAGUCAGAUAUUCAAUCAAUGGUUUACCUGCAAGCAGUUGUGAAAGAAGUUCUUAGACUACACCCACCUGGCCCACUUUUAUCAUGGGCCCGGUUGGCCAUCACAGAUACUACUGUGGAUGGAUAUGAGGUCCCUGAAGGGACCACAGCAAUGGUUAACAUGUGGGCCAUAACAAGGGACCCGCAAGUUUGGGCGGACCCACUCAGGUUCUGGCCUGAAAGAUUUGUUUGCAACAAUGAAAAUGCUGGUGGAGUUGACAUGGAGUUUUCAGUGUUGGGGUCUGACCUAAGGCUGGCUCCAUUCGGAUCGGGCAGAAGGACUUGCCCCGGAAAGGCACUAGGUUUGGCAACGGUUAGCUUCUGGGUAGGGACCCUGUUGCACGAGUUUGAGUGGGUGCAAUCAGAUGGUGACCCGGUGGAUCUAUCUGAAAAGCUAAGGCUUUCUUGUGAAAUGGCAAAUCCGCUUAGUGUGAAAGUGUAUCCUAGGAGGGGAUGCUAAGUUGAGUCUUAGACUUAUAUAGAUACCGUAAGCACAAUCUGUAAAUAUUUCCUUUUUACCUUUCUCUACGUAUUUUGCCUUGUAUUAAGUAUGUCUUUUGGGAUUCUGCCUUGGUAUCAUAUGUGUGUAUAUAUUGAUAUAUAAAGAGAGAUUGUCUUUUAUUA